GUGUGUGUGGGGGGAGUGGGGGGGACAGUGAACCAUGUCGGUGUUCAGUCGGCUGUCCUGGGAGGCCCGCGUGUCUGUGGCCGCCGCCGCCGCGCUCUGCUCCAUGAUGGUGUGCCGGUGGCUGGCGGACAGCCUCGACCCGACCACCCGCCUCCGGCUGCUCCGGGUGCAGUUCCUCGUCUUCGUCACCGCCCUCAUGUCCAUCGGCUCGCGCUACAUCUGGAGGAGGAGCGUGGCCAACCUGCACGGCUCGUGCGGCGCCUCCUCCGCCGCCUCCGCCCCCGCCUCCUCCCCCGCCUCCUCCUCCCGGUGUUUCGCGGCCUGGAAGAGCGCGGUGGCGGCCUUCCUGCUGUUGGCUCACGGCAGCUUCCUGACGCUGCUCUUCCUGGUCUCCGAGGAGCCGCACGUCUUCUCGCUGCUCUCCUACACCUGUCUGGGAAUGUACGUCUUCCUGGUCUUCGGCCUCCUGGUGCUGGGCCUGGCGGAGCAGGUCCAGGCCCUCAGCCCGUGGGCCGCCCACCCCCCGCACCCGCAGCCCCGCGCCCGGCACCUGGUCAAGCUGUCCCUGGCCCUCGUGUUCACGGUGGGCUGCACCGCCGUCGGGCUGCUCAACGCCACCCAACCGCCGCUGGUCAAACGGGUGGAGAUCCCCGUCCACAGGCUGCCCCGGUCGUUCGACAACCUGAAGGUGGUGCUGCUGUCCGACAUCCACCUCGGGCCCACGGUGGGCCGCACCCGCCUGGAGAUGGUGGUGAGGAUGGUCAACGGCCUGAGCCCAGAUCUCACUGUGAUUGUUGGUGACCUCACUGACUCUCAGGUGGUCAACCUGCAAACAGCCACUGAGCCACUGAGGGAACUGAAGCCCAGAGUGGGGAAGUACUUUGUAACAGGUAACCAUGACUAUUACAGCGGCGACGUCAACAACUGGUUCAAGCACCUGCGGUCCUUAGGCAUCCAGCCACUGCACAAUGAACAUGUCAGCAUCUCCAGCGCCGGGGACCCCAAGGAUCAGUUCUGCUUGGCUGGGGUCGAUGACAUCGAAGCUGAGAUGCUGCGGUAUCCUGGACACGGGAUGGACCUGGAGAAAGCUCUGGACGGCUGCAGUCCCACGGAUGCUAUCGUGCUGUUGGCUCACCAGCCAUUAGCUGCAAAACGUGCCCUACAAACCAGGCCAGACAUCAGCCUCAUCCUCUCAGGUCACACCCACGCUGGCCAGAUCUUCCCCUUGUCAAUUGGUGCCUAUUUGCUGAAUCCAUUCUUUGUGGGCCUUUACAAAGCUGGAGAGAACAGUUUUAUUUACGUCACGCCUGGGACAGUUUUCUACGGCAUUCCGAUGAGACUUGGAAGCAGAGCAGAAAUUACUGAAAUUAUCUUUAAGGCCAAAUGAACUGGGCACACCACACACGGCACACUUACCAACCACUGUUGGGAGGUACUGGGCUUAAACCCCCCUCCUGAACACUCAAGGCACUGAAACCACAAUGCACAAUUACAAAUAAUAAUUCGGUCACUCAAUCCAUGACUGUUUGUGGGAC